ACUUGUAAACCCUAAUUCAAAGUUGCAAAUUUCCUCCCCUCCCUCGUUAAACCUCUAUAAAACCCUGCGCCUCCUACACGAUUUCUUCUACACAACAUAAAACCUCACGGCUUCAAGUCUCCUGCAAACACUAAUCAAUAUGGAAUUCUGGGGAGUUGAAGUUAAAGCUGGAGAAUCACUCAAGGUUCAACCUGAGUUGGGCAAAUUGAUUCAUAUUUCACAGGCAGCACUAGGGGAGGUGAAAGAUGUGAAAGCAGCCAAAUGUAUCCCCGUUCGUAUGAAAAUUGAUAAAGACAAGUAUGUUAUAGGAACUCUGUCUGCAGAGGAUAGACCUCAGGUGAUGUUUGACUUGGUGUUUGAGAGGGAGUUUGAGCUCUCUCAUGACUGGAAAAAUGGGAGUGUCUACUUUAUUGGCUAUAUCGCUGAUGAUCAAAUUCAAGAUGAGCAAGAUUUUUCAGAUGAAUCUGAUGAUGAGGAAUUUCCAAUUGAGGCUCUUGAAAAUGGUGGUAAACCCCAGCUCAAGGUUGAGGACUCAAAACCUACAAAAGAGAAGGCUGCUGCUGCUACUAAGACUGAAACUAAGAAAGAAGAGGCCCCUGAAUCUGAUGUCGAAGAAGAUGAAGACGAUUCGGACGAUAGUGGAUCUGAUGAUUUAUCAGGAGGAAUGGAUUCGGAAGACUUGAUGGAUGAUAGUGAUGACUCCAGUGAUGAAGAAACUCCAAAGGCUCAACAGCCCAAGAAAAGGCCAUCUUCUGUGUUGGAAACUCCCGUCUCCAACAAAAAGGCAAAACUGGCUACUACUCCUAGUAAAACAGGCAAUAAAAGCGUUCACACUGCGACUCCUUACCCGUCAAAAAAGGCUGGAAAAGGCAACAAAACUAAGUAGGAGACGAGGAAAUUGAUAUUCAUUAAAAUUAAGAAAUAUAUAUGGAUUAUUGUUUGCUGGAAUAGAAAAGAGUAUCCAGAUUCUCAAUUUUGUCUGAAAUUUUCCUGAUUAUUUGUCAGAGAUUAUAUUUUUACUUCUCGGGCCGGAAAUUUUAUUAUUUUGUGGAGUUACUUAAGAGCUCUCGUUUAUGUGCGUUUUAA